GCUUUGCAUGAAGCAUUGAGUGUGGUUAUGGUACCAAUUGGAUUAACUCUACCUACGGUUAGUUAGUUGUUGCUUUAGGUUAAAGCUCCUGCCAGCAGUAUAUGAGCUGGGUGUGCUCAAAGAAGAUUCAAAGAGAGAGGAAAUGAAAAGCGAACAAACAGUUACACCCUUCACCGCUGUGGUAAAUGGCGGUCUCGCCGGAGCUAUUUACGGAGGUAUAGCAGGAAUGAUCAUACCCCCACUGUUCCGGCGUCUAUAUCGAGGCCUAGCCCCACUGAGUCAAGCUCAGUAUGUUCGUAAGUUUGCUCGGGAGUGUUCAGCAUUAGCCGCUGCAGGUUGUGGAAUUGAAUCCAUGAUGAGAGGAAUCAGAGGCAAAGACGAUCUUACGAAUCACUUGGUCUCGGGAUUAGGUGGUGGGUUGGCAUACUCUUUUGUGAACCGAGGCUUGAAACUGAAGCCUUCACACGCACUCUUCUGCGCUGCUGGUUGCGCUGUUUUGUCAGGAACAGAGUAUAAGAUGAAUGAAAUAUUCAGUGCAACAGAUGAAUGAAAUAUUCAGUGCAACAAGAGGAGCAAUAAGAUGGUAAACCGCAAGUGAGGAAAGCAGUAUUUUGACUCCAACCUUUUUGUCUUUAUGGUGAUGGUCACUUUGAAUCUUGGAGGUGUAGUUUGUAAUAAUAAAUGACCUUGCUAGUUUGUAAUAAUAACCUUAAGACUUAACCACCUAUGAAAAUUCGAAGCCAAGAACAUAAUUUUUUCACUGAAA